CACGGGAUUUCCCCGCAGGUGUCAGGCGGAAAAUGGAGCACCACAGGGGGAUAUGUAUUCACAUCUGAUUGCCGGUCUGCCUAGACCCAGAAGGCUAUAAAAGGGCGUUUUCCGUGAUUUUUUUUUUUACCCUCCGAAGCCUCUAAUCUUUCUUCACUCAUCACAUGUCAAGCUUAUACGAAGAAGACAGAAACUACCUCCGGGAGAUCAUCACCAAGCGCUUCCCGGUGGGCGAGGAGUACAACUACUCCAUCGCGUUGCCAAACUCCGCCAGACCGGGCCACUCGGAAGUCUACCGCCACCCGUUGUGCAAGGACCAGUUGUUCGACAAGAUCCAUCCGAGCUUGGACACUAUGUACAAAUUGUUUGAGAACGGAAAGACACUCUGGCCAGACAACGACUUCCUCGGGCAUCGCAAGUUCAACAACACCAAGUCUGACGCCUUUGACCCUUUCUACACCUGGGAAUCAUACGCUAAGGCUGCCGAACGUCGUACCAACUUUGGGGCUGGUCUUUUGAACGUCCUCAGAAACAAUAGGUUCAAGACGGAUUCUCACAACUUCGACCAAUUCAUUGUGUCUUUGUUCAGCGGAAACACCCCAGAGUGGGUCAUCACGGACUUGGCCUGUUCGGCUUACUCGCUUGGUAAUACCGCGUUAUACGAUACCUUAGGCCCAGGGACUGCAGAGUAUAUUUUGGGGGCUACGGAGUCCCCAGUCGUGGUCUGCUCUAACGACAAGUUGCAACAGUUGUACGAAUUGAAGAAAAACACCCAGUUACCAUUUUUGAUCCAGGUAAUCACCCAGAAGCUGUUGACCAGUGCUGAACAGCACUAUAUUUCCCAGUUUGCCGACGUGGGGAUCCAGUUGAACGUUUUCACCGAUGUGGAAGCUGUGGGGGUAGCGAAUCCGCUUCCGCUCAGAACUCCGACCCCUGACACGUUGUACACCAUUUCUUUCACCUCGGGGACUACUGGAAACCCUAAGGGAGUGGUUUUGCAUCACCAGCAGGCGGUGGCGGCCGUCACCUUCUCCUUGGCUGCGAUUCCAGUGGAGAAGGGGACUGCCAGGGAGUACGUGUUUUUGCCAUUGGCUCAUAUCUUCGAGAGACAGGUGCUUGGGUUGUACUUCUCCACCGGUUCUGCUUGUGCCUUCCCACAAUCAUCCUCUCCGUUGACCUUGUUGGACGAUUUGACGGUCUUGGAACCAACUUCCUUCAUCAACGUGCCAAGGGUGUUUACAAAGUUUGAAGCCGCCUUGAAGGACAAGACCAUUAACUCCGACCCUGGCUUUAAGCAGAAGUUGGCUAGCUAUGUCAUCGGCAAGAGGGCCGAGUUGGUGAAAAAGGGUUACACGGGGAAGUCCCACUGGCUCUUUGACAGACUUGUCACCAACAAGUUGCGCGGGGCCAUUGGCUUGAGCAACGCAAAAUUCGCCGUUACCGGCUCUGCCCCGAUCAGUGUCGACACCCUCAACUUCUUCAAGGCCGCCUUGAACAUUGGGUUCGCGCAAGGGUACGGUAUGACUGAGUCCUUCUCCGGGAUCUGUAUCUCCAACCCGUACGAGGUGGAUGCCGGCUCUUGUGGGCCGAUCGGUAUCACUACCGAGGCUAGAUUGAGAGACGUGCCGGAAAUGGGCUAUACCGCCCAGGACGAAGGCGGCCCAAGAGGUGAGUUGCUCCUUAGAGGGCCGCAGAUGUUCAAGGAGUACUAUAAGAACCCCGAAGAAACGGCAAAGGCGUUUGACGAGGACGGUUGGUACAGAUCUGGGGACGUGGCUCGCUUUGACCUGAAGGGUCAUGUUUUCAUCAUCGACCGAGUGAAGAACUUCUUUAAAUUGGCCCAGGGUGAGUUUGUCACUCCGGAAAGAAUUGAGAACAAAUACUUGUCGUCUUGUCCGUUCAUCAGCCAGCUCUAUGUCCACGGUGACUCUUUGCAAACGUACUUGGUGGCCAUUGUGGGUGUUGACCCGAUUGCGAUGGUAAAGUUCCUCUCUAAAAACUUUGGUAUCUCUGUGAGUAACCCACUGGCGCCAGAUCCGAAAGAGAUUGUCAAGUUGAUGGCUGACACCAAGGUUCGUAGGGUCUUGUUGAAAACCAUGAACCAAGCCGUCGCCGAGUUAGGGUUACAAGGGUUUGAGAAGAUUCACAAUGUCUACUGUGACAUUGAACCAUUGACCUUGGAAAGAGAAGUAGUUACUCCAACCUUCAAGAUCAAGAGACCAAUCGCCAAGAAAUUCUUUUCUGAAACUUUUGAGAAGUUGUACAGCGAGGGCUCCUUGAUCAGGGACACCAAAUUAUAGGUGUCAAGCAGACUGCAGGUUGUGUAUUUAUAGACUUUAUAUGGAGAGUUGGUGGUUUUCAGUACCGUAUUAAUAUUUUGGAAAGCACA